AUGCCUCUCACGACCGAAAACCGCGCCCUGCGCAUCCUCGACCAUGCCGCUGAGAACCACUAUGGCGUGCCCGCAAUGUGCUGCUACAACGUGGAGGGCAUCCUGGCAACAGUCCGAGCCGCAGAAGCCAAGCGCUCACCAGCAAUGAUCCUCCUCUUCCCAUGGGCUGUGCACUAUGCCGACGGUAUCCUGGUGCACGCCGCCGCAGAGGCGGCCCGCAACGCAUCGGUCCCUAUCACCGUUCACAUGGAUCAUGCUCAAACCCCCGAUAUCAUUCGCCGGGCGGCCGAUCUGGGUGGAUUUGACAGUAUCAUGGUGGACAUGUCGCACUACGAGAAAGCCGAGAACCUUUCAUUGACUCGUGAGUUGGUCGAGUAUUGCCAUGCGCGGGGUAUCGCGACGGAAGCGGAGCCCGGGCGCAUCGAGGGCGGGGAAGAUGGAAUUGCCGAUACAGUGGAUCUGGAGGGUGUCUUGACAACGCCUGAUGAGGCUCAGGAAUUUGUAGACACUGGCAUUGACUGGUUGGCUCCGGCUUUCGGUAACGUCCAUGGCGAGUAUGGGCCUCGCGGUAUCCAGCUGGAGUACGAACGACUCCAGUCCAUCUACAAUGCUGUGGGCAAGCAGGUGCGCCUGGUACUGCACGGUGCGGAUCCCUUCACCAAGGAGAUCUUCCAAAAGUGCAUCGACUGUGGUGUUUCCAAGAUCAACAUCAACAAGGUCUUGAACAAUGAGUACAUCAAGGUGCAACAAGAAAAGGCCGGCAAGGUUCCCUUGACAACUCUGCUUGAAGAGGCCACGAAUGAAAUGCAAAAGGCGGUUGAGAGAUGCAUGGAUAUGCUGGGCGCUACUGGAAGAUACCCUUGA